AUUUGUCGUUGUAGUUUUCCGCCCGAUAAAGGUAGAUUUUAUUCACAAUUUCAACCGUUGUUUUGACAUCGAACAAUUAUCAUAGAUAGUUACAGCAUCCUGUCCUGGUACAUGUACAGCAAGAACUUCGUGAUUGGUUGAUUGCACUGCUGAAAAUGUCAGCUCCAAAAGGUCACCCUGUUUGUCCUAUUGGCCAUCCACUUGGGGGGAAGGAGAAUGCUGUUGAUUCUUCAUCCAGGGUCUUGCAUCCUAAAUCCACCGGAGAAAUUAAGUGCCAGCGGAUUCUCAAGACCACUGAACCUAAUAUUCCCCAUCAAAGAGAAGCUGUCAAGAGAGUCCCGAUGACAAACCCUGCUGCCAGCUAUAGGGAUGACGCAGGCAGGAAACCUCCAGUGCAAUCGGGUGUCAGGUCCCAGUCUGCCAGUAUGCGAGGGCAGCCACAGAUCAGCUCUGCCCUGAGGCAGCCACAGACAGCUGGUGUCAGUAGAGGUCAAAGUGGCGUCCCUGGUAUGAAGAAACAAGCUUCCAUGCAGGCAGGUCAAGUUCGGAGUUCUGCAGGAAGGCCUCAGAACUCACAACCAUCUGGUCCCCGAAACCCAACAGAAGAUCACCAUGCCAAUAGGGUAAAAAAACAAGCUGAAGGAUCAACGUCUUCUGGAGUGUCAACCCCUGUACCUGUAGCUCCUCCUACUGGUGCUGCCCGGGACCAGAAGGCACCACCUAAACCCAUGAUGUCUAUGAUGAAUAAGGAUGGCUCAAAGAAAAAGUGGGCAUUGGCAGAUUUUGACAUUGGUAAAGCGCUCGGCAAAGGCAAGUUCGGACAUGUUUAUUUGGCGCGGGAGAAACAAAGCAAGUUCAUUGUUGCCUUGAAAGUCUUGUACAAGUCGCAGCUAACAGAGGCAGGCGUGGAACAUCAACUCAGAAGGGAAAUAGAGAUUCAGUCACAUCUCAGACACCAGAACAUUCUCCGUCUCUAUGGCUAUUUCUAUGAUGACACUCGAGUAUACCUCAUUCUAGAAUACGCACCUAAAGGCGAACUCUACAAAGAAUUGCAGAAAUCUAAGAGAUUUGAUGACAAAAGAUGUGCUACGUUCAUCCACCAGCUAAGCCAGGCUCUCAUCUACUGCCAUGACAAGAAGGUGAUCCACCGGGAUAUUAAACCGGAGAACUUACUGCUGGGUUGUAAGGGGGAGCUGAAGAUUGCUGAUUUUGGCUGGUCCGUGCAUGCCCCAUCUUCCAGGCGUGCCACACUCUGUGGAACACUUGACUACCUUCCACCAGAGAUGAUUGAUGGCAAGACUCAUGAUGAGAAAGUCGACCUAUGGAGUUUAGGAAUCCUGUGUUACGAAUGUCUCGUCGGGAAACCACCGUUUGAAGCUCAGACAAUGCCAGACACAUACAGGAGAAUCUCAAAAGUUGAUCUUCACUUUCCGUCCUAUGUGUCUGACGGAGCAAAGGAUCUUGUUACGAAAUUAUUACAGAAAGAUCCUGAUCGUCGCUUGCCUUUACCUGACGUCGUUAAACAUCCGUGGAUCCAAGCCAACUUCCAGCCUCUACCAUCUGGCAAUGGACAUUCUACGAGUAGUAAGGAUAACAAACCAGCGUCAUGACCUGGUUGUAGCGUUGAGAGAGUGACGAGGUGAUAGGUGACUGAAUAAGAGGAGUCAGCAAUCAGCACGUGUAGCUUCAGGCUGGACUGGAUAUAGUGUGGACUCUCUAGUGCUUGUGACCUGAUGGUAUCAAUAUUUAUUUGUGCCACUGAAGUUAUUGCACUAAUUUUCAGUGUAAAUCUGCAGAGAUUGUGCAGGGUGUGCAUCAAGGACUUAGUGGCUGUUCUAAAUGUCAUGAGGUUCUCAAGAGUGGUCUUUGUCAGAAUGUUGGAUGGAUGUGACUGAGCAGAACAAGGCGAGCUCCUGAUGUCUUGACGGAAGGCUUGUGUCUUUAAUCUAGUUACUGGCACAUGAAGAGUCACAGAUAUUGGUCCUGGUUUAUUUGUCGUAGUCACCUAUGCCAGUUUGUGUACAUGUAUGAGUCGUGGAAUGCAUGGACGUCUGUAAUCCUUUGUGGGGGCGGCAAAACAUGAAGACAAGUUAGAAGAACAAUUGAAAAAAAGAGAAUCAAUAGUGAGUCUUCAUGAUUUUAAUUGGUCAAAAUUGUCUUUGUGUCACUUACAAAUGUACAUUUCAACUCGUAUAAACUCACCAAAUCCCUUACAUGUAUGGCAGUAGUGUAUCUGACUAAAUACUUGUACACUGCUGAUUUUUGUUUACAUUACAUGGACGUUGGUAAAUUUCUAAUUGGUAGAGUUCAUUUAUACCUGCAUCCCUGUUAAAUUUGACGAUCAUGGCUCGUUUGUAAUUUUGUAGAUAAGAUUGUACAAAGUGGUGGCCCAGGUGAAAAUGGAUUUGUAAUUGUUCGGGAUUGUGUCUAAGUGGAUAGCAAGUUAUGUGCUUUGCAUCAACAGUUUUGUAGAUAUUCGAUAGUUCCGUAUUAAUUUGCACUUACUGUCAGGACAAUUGAAGUUAUGGUGUGACUGAUAUUGUCCAAAACAUUGGAGAUCA